CAUGGACCCUGCCACCCCUCCAAUGGGGGCAGAUUUCAAGCUGCUACAAGAGGAAGUUUCCCAGAACGUCAAAGCAGCCGAGCUCUCGAAGGACAUGCAGAACGUUGUGUUCUCCAACCUCCUGGCCAUGCUUGGGGACCGCGAGGCUCUUCAGGACCUCAUGGACACGCUUGAACAGGAACCCUUCGGUCAUUUGGAUGGCCCUGGUGGCACCAUCCUAACUGAACUGCGAAAGGACUCCCAUUAUCCAGAAGUUGGCUCAAAGUGCCUCAUCCUUUACCUGCUUGAAGCCUUAAUGGUGCUGAGUGACAUCCAACAUGUUCUGCUGGCUCAGUCCAUGGAGAAGAGGAUCCUCCUUCCGCAGAGGGACCUGGUGAGGAGCAUCCUGGAGCCCAACUUCAACUGCUCUGAGAACACUCCCUUUACCCUCCAGCCUGAGCUCCUGGCCCCACUCCAGGGGGAGGGCUUGGCCAUUACCUAUGGGCUGCUGGACGAGUGUGGCCUGAAGAUGGAGGUAAACACCACCAGGUCAACCUGGGACCCGGAAGCCAAGGAGCCCCUGACUGCCCUCUAUGGGGCCCUCUUCGUGCUGAGCCAGCUGGCUGAGGCCUGAGCCCUCCUGGGGGCAGGUCAUGGAGUCCGUCCAGUGAGGCUAGUCAGUCCUGGUCCGUCCUUUGCUGCAAACACCCCCAGGCUCUUCUCUGUAUCUGAGUCUGUAUCUAUUCCACAAAUAAGUGAUAAGUCUUUGUCUUUGUCUGUUUGACUUAUUUGAGUUAGCACAAGGCCUUCGGUUUGUCCAUGCUGUUACAUAUGGGGAUGGGCUGGAAGGUGGGGAUCAUACAUGGACAUAGGGAGAACAUUGAAGGAGUUUCUCUAAUUGCUCGGGCACUCAGUGGUAUAUUUUAAAAAGUAGGAGCUUGAAAAGUAGAUAUAUUUAAUUCUGCUUUAAAUAGAUUCCAGGAGUAUUUUGGGGAUAUAUAUACAUAUAAACUCAUAGGAUCACAUCUUUGUGCUUCAUCUAUUGAAUGACUGUGAUUAGUGCUAUUUUCUAAUGAAUUUAUAAUUUACACCAGAAGGGGGCAGCAUUGACACACAGAAGGAAGCUUGUUGGUGAUGGCAGACACUUUCCUUGAUUUGCUUUGAGACUUCUGAGUAAAGGCAGGCCUCUCUCUCUGCUCUGCCUCCCCCACUGCAUUGAUGUAGAAUAGGUGGGGAGAAAUGGGGCUGGGGCAGAGGGGGUCAACACUGGCUUCUUUUUAUAGCCUCUAGAACCUUCCUUUUAAACACUGCAUUGGUUGUAUUGAAUAAUUCCCAUAAAGAGCUCUGGGAGGUAAGAGUGAGUUAUGGGGAACUUAGAGCUGUUUCCAGUGUUUCCAGAAAUGCCAGCCCUUCUGCCGGGAUUACUAUGGUUCUGUUGUCUCAUGCUGAGCCCAGGCAGAAGCCGUGAAGAGCUUGAAUGUCACUCAGUAAGGAGGGUAUAUAGUUUCUAAAUUAAUUCAGCCAAGCAUGGGAACAUUUCUCAAAAUAUUGCAACCUUGAUCAACCCAUCGGAAAGCAGGGCUGGCACAAAUGAUAGGGGGACUUAUGGUCUGAUAGAUAGAGCACCUGCAUUAAUCUGGAAAAUAAUCACAUCAUUUUAAAUCUUAGAACACAUAUACUAGUACUUAUGCGAAUAGGGGGUUAAGUUGUUCCUAAGUUUCCUUUCCAAGGCCUGUGCGAAGCGAUGGAGGAGGUGACUCAGCUGUGAACUCAGCAAGCAGAACCUAUAAGCAUGGUCAGACCCACCCACCAGGAGUCAGAACAUCAUCUCAUCAACAUCAUUUCGUUACCUGAUGACAAUAGCUUACGUCUGGGGACCUCCAGAGCUGCACAUAGCUGCAUUGCAUCCCCAGCCUCACCCCAGCCCCUUCCCCUGUAUAAUCCUGUCCCCAUUGAAUGCUUGUAAGCACCCUCUCUUCUUGGUUAGCUGGCCUCAAUAAAUGUCUUCUAUGAUUUGA